GCCUGGCAGUUGCCUAGUAACGCCCGCUGGAGGAGUCCCAGCGUAAUAAGGUCCCCGAGAAGUGUCACUGGUCUGGAGUGGGACCCCGAACAUAGCCAUUGCUCUCCGCGCUAGCGGCCCCCGCUACUUGGCGGGGUAGGACAGGGGAAAUGUUGCAGGAGGAGUCGGAUCUGUCUCUCAUUAUUGCCCAGAUAGUCCAAAAGCUCAAAGGCUCCAAUUUGUACGCUCAGUUGGAACGGCAGGCCUGGGCCAGUCUUCAGAGACCUGAGAUUAAACUUGAAUCACUAAAAGAAGAUAUUAAGGAAUUCUUUAAAAUAUCAGGUUGGGAGAAAAAACUUCAGAAUGCUGUGUAUAGUGAACUGAGUGUGUUUCCUUUACCGAGUCAUCCAGCUGCCCCUCCUGAACAUCUUAAAGAACCUUUGGUAUACAUGAGGAAAGCACAGGGAAGUUGGGAAAAAAGAAUUUUGAAGAGUUUAAAUAGUAUGUGCACUGAACUGAGUAUCCCAUUGGCACGAAAGAGGCCAGUUGGAGAACAGAAAGAACUUCUCAAUAAAUGGAAUGAAAUGGGAACCGAUGAACCAGAUUUAAGCCUUUUCAGACCUGUUUAUGCACCUAAGGACUUUCUUGAGGUAUUAAUUAAUCUUCGCAACCCAAAUUAUGAAAAUGGUGAUUCUCUUAGUUUCCGGACUCAUUUGGGUUUAAUCCAAGUUCCUCUCAAAGUAAAAGACAUCCCUGAAUUGAAAGAAUUCUUCGUAGAACUUGGCUUAACUACAGGACAGCUGGGUAUAGAUGACUCUACACAAGUGCCUCCUGAGCUUUUUGAAAAUGAGCAUGUACGUAUUGGGCAAAAAGUUCUAACAGAACAAGAUAGUGCUGCCGCUCAGCAGUAUGUCAGACAAGGAAGUCCUACCGCCCUGAGAGCCGAGCUGUGGGCUCUCAUCCUGAAUAUCUCCAGCCACCCCGAGGAUAUUUUAUAUUAUGAGCAGCUUAAGACAAAUGUGAUACAACAUGACCUUUUGGUGGACAGUCUAAUUUAUAAAGAUGUGAAAUUGACAGCAAGCAAUGAUGAUUAUUAUUUUGUAUUUGAAGAUUAUUUAUAUCAGGUAUUACUUUGUUUUUCCCGAGAUACGUCUGUAUUGAGUCAUUUUGCAUACAACAGUGCUUCACCACCGAAAUCAUACAUAAGAGGAAAACUAGGACUAGAAGAAUAUGCUGUCUUUUAUCCGCCAAAUGGUGUAAUCCCUUUUCAUGGAUUUUCAAUGUAUGUUGCACCACUUUGUUUUCUAUACCAUGAACCUUCCAAACUGUAUCAGAUAUUCCGUGAGAUGUAUGUGCGUUUUUUCUUCAGGCUUCAUUCCAUCUCUUCUCAUCCUUCUGGUAUUGUGUCCCUCUGUCUGCUGUUUGAAACUCUUCUGCAAACUUAUCUCCCCCAACUCUUUUAUCAUCUGCGAGAAAUUGGGGCUCAACCACUUCGCAUAUCAUUUAAAUGGAUGGUUAGAGCUUUCUCUGGAUACUUGGCUACAGAUCAACUCUUGCUUUUGUGGGACAGAAUCCUAGGAUACAACUCUCUGGAAAUUCUUGCUGUCCUGGCAGCUGCUGUGUUUGCUUUCCGAGCAGUGAACCUGAUGGAGGUGACAUCACUGGCUGCAGCUGAAGCAGUUCUUGCUGACCUUUCUACUUUAAAAGUUAUGCCUCUUCUUCAGAUUUUUCUGUUUGCUACUGUCACCUGAUCUUCUGCAAGGUCACUGACAAUACAUCUAGUUUUUCAUUAGAAAGUAAUCAUGAACUAUGCAAACUCUGCAUAAAACCAAAAUUAAACUUUGCAUAUAAGCCAAUAAAGAUCAUGUUCCCUUCUCAGUUAAACCUAAGUAGUUUUUCACUUUUUGAAACAGUAACUCUGCACACCAUGUAUUGCACUGCAUGCUAUUGAUUUUCAAGAGAGAAGCAAUAGACAUAACUUCUGCUAAAUCGAGCGUACUAUAUAGAUAAUCCUGACUUGUAAAAGGCAUGUAACUAUAUAUGCAAUAAGAACUAAAGAUAUUGUAAUAAACUUGAAUAGGUAAUGUAGCCUCUGGGAGAAUUCUCUUAUGUCAGUUUGUAAAUUUAUCUCUAGAUAAUGAAUCAUUUUGUCUUAUAAAUUGCUCUUCACUCAGAGCAGGGGUGGGAUAAGAUGUGAGAAGACUUGAAAAAGAUAAUGCUUUUUAGUAGGAAUGCAAAUGUACUUUGGUGUUUUUAACAACCUGUCUCUCGUCAGAGGUCUUCUAGAUCUCUCUCCGUUUUACUUCUCCCUUAAAGGUCUCUCUUGGAGAAGGUCAAAUACAGUUGUUUGCAACUGACUGUUUUAGUCAUCACUUUCUGAAAAAAAGACACUAUGGAAUGAUCCCUUCAACUCUCCAUCUCUUGGUUAGAAGACUUGAUACUGCUGAGGUGUGUUGCCAGAUUCUUUUACUUCGGAAGUAUCCAAAGGGCACACCCAAGGACUCAGCAGAGGGAGUGAAAAAUCAAAACCAUGCGCGCUUUGGCUGAAGCUUGGUCUCACAAGAUUUACUUCUAGGGCAGAGCAGCUUAGAGAGACCAGAAGUAGACUGAAGACAUUGUGCACGGCAUCAAUCUUAUUUUGGUCCUGUUACAAGUGGAGGGUCUUAUUUUAUAUUACUUUUUGAAAACCUAGCAUUUCUGUAGUAUGGAAUGAUAGAUUGUGGGAAGAAGUCCAAAAAUCAAUGUCUUUCAAUUUUAUACUCAAAUUCAAAAUCCUAAUCAUUUCAAUAAAAUUCUGAAUCAAUAUAUUGAUA